CAGCUGUUGCUCGCUUGGCCGGACAUUGCUGGCAAGGCACAAAGGUGCCUUCGGAGACUGGGCCAGCUCCGCGCAUGCGCCGCUCUCUCCGGCAUCACAGCUCUGCCUGUGGAUUGAAAGUUACAUCCCUUGAAUCUUCGCGGGAGGGGGUGGGGAGAGGGAAGGGGGAGAAAGAGGCAGCAACUCUCCACCCGGAGGAAGGAAUGUGGGCAGUUCGGCCGCGGGAGCGCGUGGGGAUUUUGCUCUUCCCUGCGAUGAUAGCCAUGGUCUGCUAUGCCAAGAGCCUGAAUGAGCCCAGCAACAUGUCCUACGUGAAAGAGACCGUGGACAAAUUGCUCAAAGGAUACGACAUUCGCCUGAGGCCGGACUUCGGAGGCUCUCCCGUUGACGUUGGCAUGAGAAUAGAGAUUGCCAGUAUAGAUAUGGUCUCGGAAGUCAACAUGGACUACACACUCACUAUGUAUUUCCAGCAGUCCUGGAGGGAUAAAAGACUAUCAUACUCUGGAAUACCUUUGAAUCUGACGUUAGAUAACAGAGUGGCUGACUAUCUCUGGGUACCAGAUACAUACUUCCUGAAUGACAAGAAGUCCUUUGUUCAUGGAGUUACUGUGAAAAAUCGAAUGAUUCGGCUACAUCCGGAUGGAACUGUUCUUUACGGUUUGCGGAUCACUACCACGGCUGCCUGCAUGAUGGAUUUACGCAGGUACCCUCUGGAUGAACAAAACUGCACGCUGGAAAUUGAAAGCUAUGGUUACACAACGGAUGAUAUUGAGUUCUACUGGAAUGGAGGGGAAUCUGCUGUAAGUGGAGUUAAUAAAAUCGAGCUCCCUCAAUUCUCAAUUAUCGACUACAAGAUGAUCUCAAAAAGAGUAGAGUUUGCAACGGGGGCAUACCCUCGGCUGUCACUGAGCUUUCGACUUAAAAGAAAUAUCGGCUACUUCAUUUUGCAAACCUACAUGCCUUCUACUCUGAUUACGAUUCUGUCGUGGGUAUCUUUCUGGAUCAACUAUGACGCAUCUGCUGCACGAGUUGCACUAGGGAUCACCACUGUGUUGACUAUGACCACCAUCAGCACUCAUCUCAGGGAGACACUGCCAAAGAUUCCAUAUGUGAAGGCAAUUGACAUCUACCUAAUGGGGUGCUUCGUGUUUGUGUUCCUUGCCUUGUUGGAAUAUGCAUUUGUAAACUACACCUUCUUCGGCAAAGGCCCACAGCAUCAGAAGAAAGCAGCUGAGAAGGCCAGCAGCGACAAGAGGAAACUGGAGAUGAAUAAAGUUCAGAUUGACGCCCGUGGGAAUAUUCUUCUUACUACCCUGGAAAUGAGAAAUGAAGUCAGCAGCACCAAUAUGCUGGCAGCUUUGAAUGACCCGAGAGCUACCAUGUACUCCUACGACAGCGCCAGCAUCCAUUACAGGAGGCCUGCCACCACAAGGGACCUCUACAACAGGAGCACUUUGGAUAGACAGACAACCCAUCAAAAGGGACGCCUACGGAGAAGAGCGUCGCAGCUCAAGGUCAAAAUCCCAGAUUUGACUGAUGUCAAUUCCAUAGACAAGUGGUCCAGGAUGGUGUUUCCUAUCACGUUUAUCCUUUUCAAUGUGGUCUACUGGCUUUAUUAUGUGCACUGAGUUAUGCUGUUAUCCUUUCACCUGCCUAGCCCAGACUCCUGUUCUCAAAUUUGCCAACCUUAAAGACUGUUGUAGCCGCAGUGCUACAUAUUCAAGGUACAAUAUUCAGCCAUUCUGUGGGUUAGGGUGCCCUUUUAAACCAUAUCCCAAAAAUCAAACCAUGUUUACUUCAAAAAAGAAGAAGACAGUAUCUAUUUGAACAUGCACUCAUCCUUUUAGAUCUGCUUUCAAAGAGCGACACUGAAGACACAAGUGCUACCCCUCUGUUUUGUUCUAAGGUUAUUUCUUGUGAUCUUUCCUUUCUUUUUUCUUAGCAUUUAAAACAUGGCAUGAAAAAAUUCUGCCUUAUUUUCCAAAACAUAUACAUUAGUCCUAACCGUAGGCUUGUUCACACAUUACACU